AUGCUCCAAGUAACAAUUCUCAUUCAUAUUUUAUUAGCGUUUAUCAUCAUUGUAAAUCCCAUUUGCCUUGAGCUGGAGAGCUUUCUACAGAUUUCGCCGCAAUUUAACUGGAAAAGGUGUGUCAUUCGAACCCUCCUGCUCCUGUGUAUUGUGUUUGUUGCCGAGACAAUUCCCAACUUCGGUUCCAUCCUGAUUUUAUUUUAUUCUAUCUAUCUAUCUAUCUAUCUAUCUAUCUAUCUAUCUAAUCCUGUUCAUAUCUAUCUCAAUAUGUUCAUAUCUAUCUAUCUAUCUAUCUAUCUAUCUAUCUAUCUAUCUAUCUAUCUAUCUAAUCCUGUUCAUAUCUAUCUCAAUAUGUUCAUAUCUAUCUAUCUAUCUAUCUAUCUAUCUAUCUAUCUAUCUAUCUAUCUAAUCCUGUUCAUAUCUAUCUAUCUAUCUAUCUAUCUAUUUAUCUAUCUAUCUAUCUAUCUAUCAUCUAUCUAUCUAUCUAUCUAUCUAAUCCUGUUCAUAUCUAUCUCAAUAUGUUCAUAUCUAUCUAUCUAUCUAUCUAUCUAUCUAUCUAUCUAUCUAUCUAAUCCUGUUCAUAUCUAUCUCAAUAUGUUCAUAUCUAUUCUAUCUAUCUAUCUAUCUAUCUAUCUAUCUAUCUAUCUAUCUAUCUUGUUCUCAUCAUAA